UCGGGAAUGAUCAAACCAGUUUGCUAUGGAAUCGUCGUGAGCAAAGAAGUGUUGAUACGCGGUGGCACAGCUUACGGUCGUCUCCGAGGAUCUGCUCGUUGAGCACCCCGCUAGCCCCUUGAAGGUAUCGAACUUUAGUAGAUGUAGGCGGAGGGAAGGAGGGCAACUAACUUUGGGAAUCCCAUUGGCAUGCCCAGCGAUAAUUGUAAUGUCGUCUGGGCUAGGAUCGAGAUUGUUCAGAGGAAUGUAUUGCUUAACUGCUAAUUGCAAUUCAGGGCCAACUCCUUUCACUGCAUGAUGAUACUCGCGAAUCGAGUCACACGGGAUGGUGUGCUCUUUGAUUCGAAAUUGGGAGGCUGUCAUAUUGGUACCUACUGAAAAGAUACGAUCACUAGACUCACUGGAUAAAUGGAAGUCGACGAUUAAAUAUUGCCACACUUUGACCUCCAAGAUCAUUCAUUCCCCGACCCUGGGUUGUGGGUAUCGUUUAACCAACCAGGUGUUCUUUAACCGAGGCUGCGUGUUAUUACUAAUUGGUGCUAUAGUCGAGUGAUCGUCCGACGCAACACUAACACGGUGGUUACUGUUUAGUAGUGCUUUAGGACAGCACAGUUAUAAAUGGAUGGAUAGCCCUUGCAUCACUCUCGCUUUGGCGUACACCCAUGUUACUACUAUUUUCUCCCCGCGCUUGAGAUCAACCAUGCUGUCCAAUUCCCUUUUAAACGGGUCAGCCACGAGCUACUAUUUGAUAGUAGGGGCCAUUCUUGCGGCCAUCGGUAUCCCACUACUACUCCUCCAACUCUGGGAUCCUCUCUCCUCAGUCCCCGGCCCAUUUUGGGCUCGGUGGUCGCCCCUGUGGAUGGUCCGCCAUGCUCUCAGGGGUGACAUGCAUCAAACUAUGAUCCAGAUGCACGACAAGUAUGGUAGCUUAGUCCGUACAGGCCCGAAUGAAUUGAGCACUUCGGAUCCUGACGCGAUUCAGCAAAUUUAUGGACCAGGAUCCAGGUUCCGCAAAAGUGACUGGUACAGUGUUUGGCAAGGUCGGCGGAAAUUCGACCUCUUCCCAGAAAGAGAUGCAAACAUCCAUGCUGCCCAGCGCCGACUCGUCAAUUCCAUUUACUCCAUGAGUAGACUGAAAGAGCUCGAGUCCUAUCUGGACGAUGUGCUGACCGUCUUUCUCACGCGAUUAUCACAGACUAGUGUGCGUCGCAUCGAUAUGAGUUACUGGGCUCAACUAUUUGCUUUUGAUGUUAUCGGUGAACUCACCUUUUCCAAGCGAUUUGGCUUCAUCGACACGGCGGAUGAUAAGGGGACGUUCGCCCAGAUCGAGAGUGCGCUGCAGUCCGCCGCGUGGAUCGGUCAAGUACCGUGGCUAUACUGGGUCCACGACUGGCUCUCCCCUUGGUUGGGCAACUACUUGGGGAUCACAAACCGUCAUGGAAUGCUACGGCAGAUCGCGGCGAGAGAAGUCGAGCAGCGGAAACUAACCAAAGGUGAUCACCCAGACAUUCUAGAAAAGCUGAUGGACGUCCACCGCAAGAGUCCAGGUCAGUUCGAUAUGACGGCAGUAUUGUCCAUGGCGUCGAGCAAUAUCUUUGCGGGGAGUGACACUACUGCUAUUUCCAUUGGAGCCAUUCUCUACUAUCUGUGCAGGUACCCGGAAUGCAAGGCCAAGUUGAUGCAGGAGAUUUCCACAGAGGCGAAGGCUGGCCGCAUCGGGCGCGCAAAUGUCCCAUAUGAAGUGGCUCGGAGGAUGCCGUACUUGCAGGCUUGCAUUCAGGAGGGACUGCGCUGCCAUCCGGCCGUGGGAAUGUCUCUCCCACGAGUCACACCACCGGAGGGGAUUGUGGUGGAUGGUCGACAUAUCCCUGGUGGCACUGUCAUUGGAACCAACCCUUGGGUGAUUCACCGUAACAAAGAGAUCUUCGGGGAGGAUGCGGAUGUCUUCCGCCCCGAACGAUGGCUAGAAGGUAAUGCUAGCCGCAAAGGUAUGGCUCUGAUCCUGGUUGUGCUUGUCAGAAGAACUGCGUGAAAUCUAAACACCUAGCUGGCUAGAACGCUUCUUCUUCGCAUUUG